GCGGGACUUCCGGCGGCGCGGUAUUUUUUUUCCGGUGGCUGGUCCCCGGUGGCCCCUCCCCGACUGGGCCCUGUGCCCCCCGCCCCCGCGGCCCCUCGCCGCCGGGCCAGCCGCCACCAUGAAGAAAUUCUUUCAGGAGUUCAAGGCUGACAUCAAAUUCAAGAGCGCGGGACCCGGUCAGAAGCUCACAGAGUCCGUGGGGGAAAAGGCCCCCAAACAGAAGUCCAGCCAGCCGGCCCCGAGGCCGCCCCGCCAGAGACCCACCAAUGAGGCACAGAUGGCGGCCGCUGCCGCCCUGGCCCGGCUGGAGCAGAAGCAGUCCCGAGCCUGGGGCCCCACGUCGCAGGACAGCAUCCGAAACCAGGUGAGAAAGGAACUUCAAGCCGAAGCCACCAUCAGCGGGAGCCCCGAGGCCCCAGGGACCAACGUGGUAUCUGAGGCCAGAAAGGAAGGCUCUGCCCACCUGGCCGUGCCUGGUGUGUACUUCACCUGUCCGCUCACUGGGGCCACCCUGAGGAAGGACCAGCGGGACGCCCACAUCAAGGAAGCCAUUCUUUCGCACUUCUCCACCGACCCAGUGGCUGCCUCCAUCAUGAAGAUCCACACGUUCAACAAAGACCGGGACCGGGUGAAGCUGGGCGUGGACACCAUUGCCAAGUACCUGGACAACAUCCACCUGCACCCCGAGGAGGAGAAGUACCGGAAGAUCAAGCUGCAGAACAAGGUGUUCCAGGAGCGCAUUAACUGCCUGGAAGGGACCCACGAGUUUUUUGAGGCCAUUGGGUUCCAGAAGGUGCUGCUUCCCAUCCAGGAUCAAGAGGACCCCGAGGAGUUCUACGUGCUGAGCGAGACCACCUUGGCCCAGCCCCAGAGUCUGGAGAGGCACAAGGAACAGCUGCUGGCUGCGGAGCCCGUGCGCGCCAAGCUGGACCGGCAGCGCCGCGUCUUCCAGCCCUCGCCCCUGGCCUCGCAGUUCGAACUGCCCGGGGACUUCUUCAACCUCACGGCAGAGGAGAUCAAGCGGGAGCAGAGGCUCAGGUCCGACGCAGUGGAGCGGCUGAGCGUGCUGCGGACCAAGGCCAUGCGGGAGAAGGAGGAGCAGCGGGGGCUGCGCAAGUACACCUACACACUGCUGCGCGUGCGCCUCCCCGACGGCUGCCUCCUGCAGGGGACCUUCUACGCCCGGGAACGGCUGGGGGCAGUGUACGGGUUCGUUCGGGAGGCCCUGCAGAGCGACUGGCUGCCUUUUGAGCUGCUGGCCUCGGGAGGGCAGAAGCUGUCGGAGGACGAGAACCUGGCCUUGAAUGAGUGCGGGCUGGUGCCCUCUGCCCUCCUGACCUUCUCGUGGGACAUGGCUGUGCUGGAGGACAUCAAGGCCGCGGGGGUCGAGCCGGACGCCAUCCUGAAACCCGAGCUCCUGUCAGCCAUCGAGAAGCUCUCUUGAAAUAAAAGCAGGGUUGGCCUCAGCCCUGUGGGUCUGUCUCAUGCUCUCCCUGAUCCUCUCCCCGCCACCCCAGGGCCUCCAAGCCACCUCUGGAAAUACUUGGCUCUGCCCCAUGGGCAUGGGAGGGGCGCCAGCUAGCUGUGGAGCUGUGGAACUGGGCCCCGUGGCAGAGCCCCCAACUCCUGGGGGCUGUGGAGAUGCACCCAAGCCCCCGAAGGAGAGGCCUGGGGAUGCCACCAAACCUAAGCCCUCCCUAGCUGCUGGUAACUGUGUCAUGAAGCUGCCAGGCAGACACAUGUGGCAUCUCCCUGGGCAGGAGAGCACGGGUCCCGUUCCCGUGUGCUGUGGGUGGCAGCAGCUGCACCUGGCGCUAGGGCUGCUCUGUGGAUGUGGGUGACAACGGCAGGGGGGGACGCUGGCCUUCCCGCACACAGACCUGCAGUUAGUAAAUCAUAAGCCCAAAUAAACAGGGUGUUUGAAUAUA